AUGGUCUCAGUGAAUACUUAUAAACGGUCCAGAGAUGACAGUGACAGUGACAGUGACAGUGAUGCAGAUAUCGCAAAUGAACUGGUGAUGGAUUCCGGCAGUGGAAGUGAGAGUGAGAGUGGGAGUGACGAUGAAUCUGGAGAAGUCGCAGACAUCAUCGAGUAUAGUGACAAUGAGGAAGAGGAAAAAGCACAAAAGAAGGCUCCAGUGGUCAAAAAGAAGAAAGAUAUGUCGUUUCCUGUGUUGGAAUUAUCCGAUACUGAGGAGAGCAAAGGUGCUGGCGACGACGAUGAUGAUGUGAACAGUUAUUUCACUAAUACUAACGCCGCAACUACAAAACAUAAGAAAGGUAGUUUUGCUUCUUUCGGUCUUUCUAAAUUCAUUCUAGGCAAUAUCAGUCGUAAGGGUUUCCGUCAACCAACUCCUAUUCAAAGAAAAACUAUUCCAUUAAUCUUACAGAACAGAGAUAUUGUCGGAAUGGCAAGAACGGGGUCUGGUAAGACCGCAGCAUUCGUCCUGCCAAUGAUCGAGAAGUUGAAGACCCACUCAGGGAAGAUUGGUGCUAGAGCUGUGAUUCUAUCACCAUCAAGAGAACUGGCUAUGCAAACGUUUAAUGUGUUUAAGGAGUUUGCUAAGGGAACACAACUGAGAGGUGUAUUACUAACUGGUGGUGACUCCUUAGAGGACCAAUUUUCAAUGAUGAUGGGGAAUCCCGAUGUUAUUAUUGCCACGCCAGGUAGAUUCUUACAUUUGAAAGUGGAAAUGGAUCUAGAUUUGAAAAGUAUUGAAUACGCUGUAUUUGAUGAAGCAGAUAGAUUGUUUGAAAUGGGUUUUCAAGACCAAUUGAACGAACUACUUGCAGCAUUUCCUUCAACGAGACAAACUCUUUUAUUCUCUGCUACAUUACCUAGUUCCUUAGUAGAUUUUGCUAAAGCAGGUUUAACUAAUCCAGUGUUAGUUAGAUUAGAUGCAGAGUCCAAGAUCUCGGAUAACUUAGAAAUGUUGUUUUUAUCCACAAAGAAUGAUGAAAGAGAAGCUACUUUACUAUAUACCCUACAAGAAGUUAUAAAGAUUCCAAUUGCUACAGCUGAAGAUAUCAAAAAAUUCAAGGUUGCUACUGAUGCAAUGAAUGAUGAAGAUGAUGAUUCCGACGAUGAGAAGAAGGGAAAUAACAGCAAAAAGUACAGAAAAUUCAAGAAACAAAGAAUGCCUGCUGCUAACGAGUUACCAUCUGAAAAGGCUACAAUCUUAUUCGUACCAACUCGUCAUCAUGUAGAAUAUAUCUCACAAUUACUUAGAGAUACUGGUUACUUGGUAUCGUACUUAUAUGGUACUUUAGACCAACAUGCACGUAAGGCUCAACUAUACAAUUUCAGACUUGGGUUGACCCCAAUCCUAGUUGUCACAGAUGUUGCCGCCAGAGGUGUGGAUAUUCCUUUGUUGGCCAAUGUUAUCAAUUACUCCUUACCUUCAUCAUCGAAGAUUUUUGUCCAUCGUGUUGGUAGAACUGCCAGAGCUGGUUCCAGAGGUUGGGCAUAUUCGAUUGUUUCAGACAAUGAAUUACCAUACUUAUUGGAUUUGGAAUUAUUCUUAGGUAGAAAGGUAUUAUUACCGCAGAUGUAUGAUACCACAACAAAUAUUUUAAAGAAAAAAUGGAUUGAAGAAGGUAAAGAAGAACUUAUGUUUAAACCACCUCCAAUCCCAUACACCAAACGUAUAGUAUUAGGUGCUUGUCCAAGACUUGAACUAGAAGGAUGUGGUGAUCUAUACAAGAAUAUUCUAGAAUCUAAUUUCGAUUUAGGAGUUGCUCGUGGUGUCGCUAUGAAAGCAGAAAAAUUGUAUUUCAGAACUCGUACCUCUGCUUCACCAGAGUCUGUCAAGAGAAGUAAAGAAAUUAUCAGUUCCGGCUGGGAUGAUCAAAAUAUCAUGUUUGGCAAGAAUCCUGAGAAGGAAAAACUUGAUUUCUUAGCCAAAUUACAAAAUAGACACAACAAGGAGACAGUUUUUGAAUUUGCAAGAAAUCCCGAUGAUGAGAUGUCGAUCUUCAUGAAGAGAAGACGGAAACAAUUGGAACCAAUUAGAAGAAAAGCUGCUGAAAGGAAAGAGUUACUUGAGAAGGAAAGACUUGCAGGGUUAACACAUAAUGUUGAAGAUGAAAUUCUAAGAGGUAAUGACAAUGAAGCAGGUUACACUGUCUCACAGGAAGCAGUAAGCCAAUUCGAAGAUGCUGAUGUACUAUUGGAACAACAGGAGAAGAAAAGUCGUAAAUCGUAUAAGGACCCUAACUUUUUCUUAAGUCACUAUGCUCCUGUCGGAGCCAUUCAAGACAAACAAUUAGAACUUACAAAUGGGUUCACAAACGAUGCAGCUGAUGCAAUGUAUGAUUUGAAUAAUGAUGACAAAGUUCAAGUACAUAAACAAACUGCUACUGUAAAAUGGGAUAAGAAACGUAAGAAGUAUGUUAACAUGCAAGGUAUUGAUAAUAAGAAAUAUAUUAUUGGUGAGAGUGGACAAAAGAUUGCUGCAAGUUUCAAAUCAGGUAAAUUUGACGAAUGGUCUAAGGCUCGUAAACUAAAACCAUUGAAAGUUGGUGCUCGUGAGGAUGCUGUACCAUCCAACUUAUUAUCCGACCCAACUGGUAACCGCAACGGCGGUAGGGGUGGUAAAUUCAAACACAAGCAAAUGAAGGCUCCACGUAUGCCUGAUAAACAUAGAGACGAUUACCACAAACAAAAGAAGAAGGUUGCUGCUGCCAUAGAAAGAGGUGCAUCUGUAAAGGGUUACAACGAUAGAAGAGCUCCAAGAAACGAACUAAGAUCCACAGCAGACAUCCGUAAGCAACGUAUUCAACAAGAGAAAAAACAAGCCAAGAAUGCUCGUCCAUCAAAGAAGAGGAAGUACUGA